GGUAAGUUUAUGCUUGGUUUCCCUGGCGUCUGGAUAUUCUCGUUUUGUGUUUUCUGUCUCCGGGGCGGACCACCAACUGCUGGCUGAUGCUAACUUACUAUUGCUAGACUCAAUGCCUCGGAACAGCGCGAGUUCGCCGCUCGCAUGGAGAGGAAGCAGCUGAAGGAGUUCAUGACCAUGUACUCCAAGCUCGUCCAGCGCUGCUUCGAUGACUGUGUCAACGACUUCACCACCAAGUCCCUGAUCUCCCGCGAGGAGGGCUGCACCCUCCGCUGCGUGGACAAGUUCCUGAAGGGCUCUCAACGCUUGAACGAACGCUUCCAGGAGCAGAACGCCGCCAUGAUGCAGAGUGGUCAGAUGCCCGGGCGGUAAUGGAUUGAUUGAAUGAUCUGCUUGUUCUUCUGGGUUCGGCGGUUCGUGUACAAACUAGACUUUUUCGAAUGAUCCCCAUUGAUUGCAUUUGGUCUGGGAUCCGGCUAUGAUCUGGAUCCGGAGGGCUUCCGCUUUGUUGAGUCCCGAGUACUCGAUGAGCAUCUAUCCAUGUUGCUGUUCAGCUUGUGCCCUGGGAAAUGUACUGUACAAUAUAGUGAUUAUGGACGUGCAAUGGACCCUUGAUGGGUAUGUUAAGGGAUUUAAUUGAAACCAUCAGGUGUUGUUUUCAUGCCAACGAUUUGCUGUAGACACGAAACUAGCAACUAAGUGAAUGGUACCUGCAAAUUGGAACAAAAAAAAAAAAGGGAAAGGGUAAAAAUCCAAGUAAACCAGCCAUGCUCAAUUGAAUCCAGGCAAUUCACCAUAAUACACCUUGUUCUCAACUCUUUACUCCGUAGUUACUCCGACAAGAUAUUGGUGAUGGGAGCGGAGGAACGAUGUUGCGAGGAAUCCGGGUAGGACAAGGACAGCAGGUCGGCUAAUGGAAACCAUCACCCUUUUUGGGGGAGUGCAGUCGGUUGAUCCACCGCAGGGAUGAACCAUUCAGAGCCGUACUUUUCCGCCCAGUCCCCAUUCUUUUUCCGAGCGGAACGUCU